AAAAUUUUCAUUCAUGUAUCAGACUCUACUCUAUCAACACGCCGUCGUUACUUGUGGCCUAUCCUGUUAAUAUUGAUCCUUCAAUGGUAGAUAAUGGACUGUCGUCAACUGAUCGGUAUCCUGUUAAUUGUCAUUAUCAGCUUAAUGAAUAAGGCAAUUGCAGUGUCUCGUGAAGCUUGUAAAGGACAACCAAAUGCAUUAUGGGACACAAAAGACCAAAAAUGUAGAAAUUGUUUGCAUUGUCCAUCAGGAACCGGAUACACUGGUGCACUUCCAUGUGGAAACGGAAUAGAAGGAGAAAAGGGUGAAUGUAGACCAUGUGAAGAGGGGCAAUUCCAGUCCGAAAAACACAGCCAAUUACGGUGUGCUUCUUGUAAGAAAUGCGUCAACCGUGUCGUCAUCCGCAAUUGCUCUCAUGAAUUACUUGACUCAUAUGAUACAGUUUGUGGGGAUUGCUUGCCAGGAUAUGCGAGUUUAACCGAAAACUCAACGUGUGAAUCCUGUCAUGGUUUACUUGGGCAAACAAUACCUGGAUGCCAGGUUGACCAAACAACCACCGACAUGGAACCCUUGGCGUCAUCAGAUAUGACAACGUCAUCAGAUAUGACGACGUCAUCAGAUAUGACAACGCCAUCGAAUAAUGACAGUCAAACUGUUGAAGACCAUACACCCUCUACUGAAGCAGCUAUAGGCUUGACUACUCCGUGGAUCUUUGUUUUGGCGUUAGCGAUUGUCGUAGCUGUUGUGAUCGUAGGCGUUAUCGUCUUCGUUUUUUAUAAAACGUGGAAAAAACAUCCACGGCCAUGGGCAAACGGUGAAUCGUCAUGCGGUAAUGAUGGUCCUGGAGGUGAAUCUGGGGACUUGUACACAACUGUCGAGACACCGGUACGAGCAUCUGCUGAUGGUAGCCCGGUUGCCAAUCAGAUUAAGGAGACGACUCCGUUUAUAGGCGCCAAUAUUGAAAACGAGGCGAAUCCAUCCCCUGCAAGUAGUGGGUAUAUUAGUCACGAUGAGUGCUUUUUAAAGAACGAGAAAUUUCCACGUGAUACUCGUCUAAGAUGUCGAUUUGAAAGAGCACUGGAAAUAUCCAAAGAUGAACGAUAUAAUAAACGAGUGUCGGAGUGUAAUUUGGACGUUCUACAGAAACUUUCGAUUGAGCUUAACCCUCCAUGUACUUACGGAACAAAAAAUUGGAGGCACCUUGGCUGUUAUCUCAAUGUUCCAAAUAGAAUCUUGGACAAUUUCGCGAAUCUUAAAGACCCUCUAGAAAAUGUUAUAAAAUACGCUGAUACGUUGCAAGCACUGAAGUUAGACGCGUUCCUCCCGGAGGUUAAACGCGUUGAAAAUCACGAGGCUCUGAACGUUAUUGUUAGAUAUGUUAUUGGGCUUGUUGCAGAAGAAAUGAAUUCACAGGACAAACAAUUAGACAAUGAAGCGGAAAGAACUUGUUAGAAUGGGUAUUGUGCUACUCCAGGAUCCAGAGGUGACGGAACUAGGGGGUGCUGUGUUAUGAAGAGUAAUGUGUGACCGGAAAUGGUCUGCAGUCAGUUGGUUGUUACCAUGCGCCAGUGAUGUUGGAGUAUAUAAGUGCAGCAAUA